GUUUUUGAUCGAGGUGGCCAUGACAUUAGUUUUUCGUCAAAUAUGAAUGCCAAAGCCGUAACAUUGUGUAUAUUUUUUAUCUUUCGUUGCUGUUACAACGUGGAUCUUGAUUAUUAUAUUGAUGAUAAUAAAGAUCGCUCUAACAACGAGAAGGAUGAUAUAGUCGAAACACGGAGAAUUGGCAAUGAACCUAAAGCGUCAUCCGAUGGUGGCGAAAUUAAAAUUCUGACCACAGAAAGUAGUGCUGAAGAAAACACAGAAAUAAACUCUACAACAUCAAGCAAGGAACCACCAGAAGUAUCAGAGUUUGACAAUUAUAGUUACCAAGACACCGUCAAUUCAGUCAAGACAAAAUUUCCUCUUACUAAUAUAUUUGAUGAAUAUGAAUACGAGUACGCCGAUGAUGUCAACAACCCGGACGACUCGGUCACUGAAACUGUUUAUGAGGAAACCACUACAUUGAAAGAAGAAAGAAAUAAUAUUACUAACGCAUCGAAAAUCCUCCUCAGCCCUUCUGGAAAAAUACGAAAUAAUGAUCUCUACCAUAUGGUACCUGCUGUUACAAAGCUUAAAGUAAAGAAAUAUCCAGGUAAGUUAAAUAAAUUAUAUGCUGAAACCGAUGAUAAUGGCAAUGUCUGGUAUGUUCCCGAAGAGUAUCCCUGCUGGGAAUUACCUAUAUUGUUUGGUAGAUUUAGGACUAGAGCCAAGUACUCCGAGAUAUUCCUAUUAAAAGGAGGAACUCUUGACGGCAUAUCACUUGAACCGGAGACCGAAGUUAAAUUUAUUCCCCGAAGGCGCAAUGACGAUUCUGGCAAUAAAUGGUGCGAUCAGGGACCCUGUUACGGUGAUCACACUCUCUGUACUUUUCCAAAUGACACCAUAUCUAGAAUAUGUGACAGAACAUACAAAGUCAAGAAACUGUCUGUCUACGAACAAGUAGUAGUACUAAACACCAUAAAUAAUAUGAGAAACCGUGUCGCAAUGGGCACGGCGGAGGUUUAUCCUAAAUUGCCUACAGCUGCUAACAUGCAGCAAGUAAUGUACGACAUGGAUUUAGCAAGAAUAUCCAAUAGAUGGCUUCGACAAUGUCUGCCCGGCCCUGCCGCUUGUUCUUCCUUAAAAGACAAGCUGGUCACACAACUGGAAUGCAAGAAGUGUUUGAGACACUGUUGUAGAGGACCAAACGAUCAGGAUUGUUUACCGCCUAAGGAAUGCUUCGUGACAGCUUUAGUUGGAUGUCUUCACGCUUGGUUUUUAAGUGCUCGUGGACAACUAGAAAAGCGAGACGUUGGAUGUGGACAUAUCACUCGAGAUACGUUCAAUACUGCCCAGAUACUAUGGGCGAAAACCAAUAAAAUAGGCUGCGCUUACGGUAUAAGGGGCAAUGGUGACGUUAGAGUUGUGUGCAAUUUUUCCCCUGGAGCACCAUUUUAUUUGAGAACUAAAUUUUAUUGCGGCAUCAUACCUUACAAAGACGUUACAGAUAACUUUGAAGAAGUCUCUAAUUACGAUAUUACGAGUUUGGAUUUUUUGGCGAAAUUAGGAAUUCAGAUGAAUUUGACAAAUCUCUCAACGCCUCAACAUUGGAGGAAAUCUUUCAUUCCUGAAUUUAUUAUCCGAAGUUUUACUCCUUGGGGUGUGUCUUUUUUGCGUGAUAAGUUAAACGGCAAACUAAGAGCUUACGAGGGCUUUUAUGAAAACGGGACCAUAGGAGCGGCAGCUAGGCUUGUGACACGAUAUUCGUUUCAUGAAGAAUCUAAUGCCAGAUGUGAUACUGGUGAAACUAUUUACGAGAGCGGUCUCCCUGGCAACCAGUGCGUGGAGACCGGUAGGGUGUUUACAGCACUAUGUUACAGUUACCGAGAUCCUUAUCCUGGUUAUAGAUUGGCUGCAAUCGUAGCCCCAGUGGCACUGUUUUCGCUGAUUUUGUACGAUUUGUUUAGCGGUGUUCUUAGGCAAACUAACUUUUAAUUAAAC